GACGUGACGUCAGAACAGGAAGUGGAUCAGGCUGUGUCAGUGAAGGAGCAAUGCUACCAGAAACAGCGACAUGAAGUGACGGCUGCCGGCGGCUGAGCCUCCCGAACCCCGGAUGAACGUUAAGGUAGAUACCGGCAGGGCAGUUGUGACGGUCCGCGGUGUCCCGGUGGGAAUGACCGUAAGAUGAGUCAGCUGUGGCUUAAACAUCAGUGAAUUGAUAGAGGAUGAGGCGUGCUCAGCCUGCCGGACCUGUCGGUGCUUGUUGCCAUAGCGACUGUAGUCCCAAACCACACCAGCAUGGAGGAGAAGCAGCAGUCAGUCAUGUCUCCUGCCUUUUGCUUGUCAGGUAACUAACCACAGAAGUUCCUGCGGCGGUUCAUGACCGGUGCCGAUCAUGUCCCUGAGGGAGCAGUCUCAGAAAUGGUUUCCCACCCACGUCCAAGCCACUGUUCUUCAAGCCAGCGGUCUGCAGCCCAAAGGCAAGCAUGGCACCAACGAUGCCUACACGAUCAUCCAGCUGGGGAAGGAGAAGUAUUCCACGUCCGUGGCAGAGAAGACCGUCAACCCCAUAUGGAAGGAAGAAGCCUCCUUUGAAUUACCGGGUCUGCUCUUGGAGGGGAAUCCUGAGGUCUAUUCACUCUGUCUGACAGUGAUGCACCGCUCUUUGGUUGGAAUGGACAAGUUCCUGGGUCAGAGGCUCAUCAACCUGAACCAGAUCUUUGAAAACAAAGGACGGAAGAAGACCGACUGGUACUCGCUGGAGUCCAAACCCGGGAAGAAGCAGAAGGAGCGAGGGCGCAUUGAAGUCUGCGUUCAGUUCAUGAGGAACAACAUGACGGCCAGCAUGUUUGACCUCUCCAUGAAGGAGAAGCCCCGCUCCCCGUUCUCCAAGCUCAAGGACAAAAUGAAGAACCGCAAACACGACAGCGGCUUCAGCGACACCUCAUCCGCCGUCCUGCCUCACUCUGAUGCCUGUGAACCGGAGCCCAGCGGCCAGUCCGUCCCCCCAGAACCCCAACCCCAGACGGACACAAAGGUCAAGAGACCUCUGCUUUCUGGAGUCCACAAACUCUCAGCGGCCCACUCCAUGUCAGAUCUGAUCGGGACGCACUUCCGGCCUAAACUGGACUCCAUGAACUCCAUCGAAGAAAGCGGAUGCCCCGGAGGCCCUCACAGGCGCUCCCAGAGCGAGGUGCCGGGAUACCAGGAAGACCAGGCCCACGGUGACCCUUUCAGCCACAUCAGCGACGCCCUGCCGCAGAAAUACGCCACGCUGCCACGCAACCGAAACCCGUUUGAGGGCGAGCGGAAAGAGAAGAAGGAGAAAGUAAGCCUGCUGGAACGCGUCACCGGAAAGAAGGAAGGCCGCAAAACCGGCAGCGGGGGGCGUUCAGGGAGCUCUGGAGAUCUGCGUUCUCCCAACCCCUUCAGUGAAGAUCUUCAAGCAGACACCAACCCGUUUAUAUCCAACUACAAAUCCAGCGAGAAGAGGCAGACAGGAAGUGACGACGUUUCUUUGGGCCUGAAGAAGAAGAAAAAAGACAUUUUCAACACCAAACAUGUGGUGACGCAGGGCCGCGCCGAGGCCUACAGCAGCCUGUCCUUUGAGGAGGUGGUGCAGGAGCUCAUCAAGCAGAAAGAGGUGGUGAGAAAGAAGGACGCACACAUCAGGGAGCUGGAGGACUACAUCGACAACCUCCUGGUCCGUGUCAUGGAGGAAACGCCAAGCAUUUUACGGACGCCCUACGAGCCCAAAAGGAAGGCGGGGAAACUUUCUAAGAAGUAGGGAGGAGGAAGCAGAGGAGCGUCUGAAAACCUGAAAUGGUUGAAUUUUACGAAAUGGGUGUCUUUUUCUUUUUUACCUUUUUUCUCAAAAUGUUGGGUUUUCUAAAUCUUCCAUUCUUCCUGUACCUCUUUUGUAUGAUUCCACGAGUUACUCUGCAUUUAUGGUGCAGGAACAGCCUUUAGCUAACUCCUUAGUCGGACCAUCUAAGGUUUCAUUUCAAAUGAGAAAUCGAUUUGACCUAAUGAUACGCCUGUUAUCAUGGUAAGAACAUCUAUGACAGUAUUAAACGGCAGCAUGAUGGGACAUUUUUCUGCAGAGAAACUGGCUGUAAAAACACUUGGAGGUGUGAGCACUGGAACUUUGUGAGUCAUUGAGGGGAAAUGUUCCUGCUCAGGGAGUUCUGUACAGCCUGCAAGGGGAGUGUCAUGAUGUGGGCUUGCUUCAGGUGCUCAUUGACACUCGGACUAUGAAGAGCAGAUGUUUCCUCGAUGGAGGAACCUCACUGAGAAGUGGUACGGACAGUGAACCCGGCGGUCUGGUUGUCCGGUAGAAGAGCGCUUUGUGUCUCAGCAAACGUUCGUUGUUUGUUUCUGAAUGUUGUUUUUGUGUUUUUACAAAUCUUACCAGGUUCAUGUUUUCCAGCUGCUCUGGUGCUGACAUUUGCUCAAAGAAGAUCAAGCUUUAGUUUUUUGUUUACAAUCCAGUUCUUGUUGGGGGGUUUUCCGCCUGAAGGCCACGUUUUCAGCCCUUCUCCUUCAUGAGACUCGUGUGGACCGAGUCAGUCCAGGUUCCUAGUGGGGGAGACUGGACAUCAGCUCAAGUCCUUCCUUUGUUUUGGUCAUCAGUGGUAGAUUUUUGCUUCCUGUAGUUCUGGAGAGGUGGAGCGCAGGUCUCUGCUGGAGGAAACGUCUCAUUAAGUGCAAUAAUGCUUCAUUCUGCUGGUACUGUUUACAUGUGGACCUGAGCGUCGAGUCGGCCUCAUCUCAUGAUGUUGGUCUGGAUGGCGGCCUUUAGCCAUCAAGCGGCCGGCGCCGUCCUUCCAGACUGGUGUGGAUGUUUGCUGCACAAUCUUUAUUUAGGAAGGUUUUAGUUGUCGGGUACGUGAAACACUACUGUAUUCCAUUCCUCUCCGCCUUCAUAGUUGGGACUUUAAAAAGUCCAUUCCAGAAAGCUGUGAGAGACGAACUCCACUGAACUUCUGCUUCGCUGUGUUUUCAUCAGUAUUUAAUAAAGCUGCGGAUGGCGGUGUCGGGUCACGCCUGCAGAGCUCAAACCAGGUCCACCUGGUCUUACACCGGUUCAUACCGGUUCAGUCUCUACACUAAUGCUGGUGCGAUGUGGGCCUCCAUGUUUUCUAAGACCUUUCCUUCAUAUUUAGGUAGUUAGCUGUUCUGGCUGACUGAGCUGUAAAGACACUGGAUGAAUGUCUGUAAAAGCCUUGAUGGACACGGGAACGUCAUGUUUCCUCAACCUUUAAAACCCUCCGUCUGUGGUGAUCAGUGGGAAGGACUGGAAGCUCUGCGGUGGAAUACCGAGUUUACAGACAAAGGAAGACUCUUCACCAGAUGGCAGCUUGGUCUGUGUCUGACAUAAGUGUCAUGGUUACAAUAAUGUUCCACUCAUCUGUGUCAUAGAGGGGCCGGACGAGACCAUAAACCUGCAGGGAAAACCCUCCUCCUCACUGAAUGUAUCUGCACCGUCUGUGGACAUCACCGACAUGACGACACUGUUGAAACUAUUGUCUCCUUGUGCCCCCUUUGGACCAGAACCGGGCCGAACAAACACACAUCUGUUCAACCAUAGACGCCAAAAAGGGUUGACUGAUGUGGUGAAAAGCUUUGCACUGAAUGCCUUCUCACACCAGUUUCAGGUGUUUUCACCCACCUGGGUCUCUGGUUUUCACGGUUCAUGAACGUUUAAUUGUGUUAUACAGAAAGUUUGCUAGUUUGUAGUUUUUCUGCAGGAGUAUUUCUCAUCCUUAGAUCUUUACAUUGCAGAGGCUGUUCCACUUUCAAGGUUCCUGUUAAAGCUCUGAAAAUGACUAAUGUCUUCCAGUUAGUAACCUGUUGACGACGUGAAUGCAGAUGUUUCAUGGGGUUCAUCGCAGCCGUCAAUGCAGUCGGUGCUGCAGCCGUCAAUGCAGUCGGUGCUGCAGCCGUCAAUGCAGUCGGUGCUGCAGCCGUCAAUGCAGUCGGUGCUGCAGCCGUCAAUGCAGUCGGUGCUGCAGCCGUCAAUGCAGUCGGUGCUGCAGCCGUCAAUGCAGUCGGUGCUGCAGCCGUCAAUGCAGUCGGUGCUGCAGCCGUCAAUGCAGUCGGUGCUGCAGCCGUCAAUGUACUGACUGCAACCCGUCCCAGAGCUGCACUGCUCUACAUGAAUGACAAACACUAAGAAACACUGAUGAACCCAGAGGUUGUUUUGUUCAGAUGCAUCAUGGGUGUGUGUGUGUGUGGGGGGGGGGGUAUUUUGCCUGUCAUUUGGCCUGACUGAGUCAUUUGCUUGAUGCUUGACAUAAUUUCUUGCUGUUUAGCGGAUGUCUGUGUAAAAGCAUAAUCUAAAUGAAAAGCGUCCUCCCAUCUUUCUCUGGCAUCUCAUUGAUGGACGGCGAACAAACCCGCUGGAAUAAUGAGGGUUUCUCUGUGCGUCACGUGUGUCAGAGGUAGUAAUGGCUGCAUGUGGAAGGCUCUGAGCGCACGCAGGGGAGUCGCCUGAGCUCCUCAUCAUUCCAGUUUGUAUAGAUCUGGUUACACAUCAGAGGUUCGUCUCAUUCCUGCAGACUAAAUGUGUGGAGGGCUUUUCUUUCCCCCUUGAUGAAGACGCCUGCGCCGAAGCUUUCACACAAGACAAAAGCCAGAGCCUCUCACUGAUGCGGCGGCGCUUCUCGCCACGGGCCACAUCCGGCUGCCAGACGCUAAAUCCUCUGACGGGACGAGUAAUGUGGCAGCUUUGAAGGAAAUGAUGACUGUUUAGAGAGGAUCCAGUGAGCAAAGCUCCACUGACUCUACAGACUAAAGCAGAUGGAGAGGCCUGCUCUGAAUGGACGUAGACUCUAGACACACUAGAACUGCAGACGGGACAUCCACUGAAUGGACGUAGACUGUAGACACACUAGAACUGCAGACGGGACAUCCACUGAAUGAACGUAGACUGUAGACACACUAGAACUGCAGACGGGACAUCCACUGAAUGAACGUAGACUGUAGACACACUAGAACUGCAGACUGGACAUCCACUGAAUGAACGUAGACUGUAGACACACUAGAACUGCAGACUGGACAUCCACUGAAUGGACGUAGACUGUAGACACACUAGAACUGCAGACGGGACAUCCACUGAAUGAACAUAGACUGUAGACACACUAGAACUGCAGACUGGACAUCCACUGAAUGAACGUAGACUGUAGACACACUAGAACUGCAGACUGGACAUCCACUGAAUGAACGUAGACUGUAGACACACUAGAACUGCAGACUGGACAUCCACUGAAUGAACGUAGACUGUAGACACACUAGAACUGCAGACUGGACAUCCACUGAAUGAACGUAGACUGUAGACAAACUAGAACUGCAGACUGGACAUCCACUGAAUGAACAUAGACUGUAGACAAACUAGAACUGCAGACGGGACAUCCACUGAAUGAACGUAGACUGUAGACACACUAGAACUGCAGACUGGACAUCCACUGAAUGAACGUAGACUGUAGACACACUAGAACUGCAGACGGGACAUCCACUGAAUGAACGUAGACUGUAGACACACUAGAACUGCAGACUGGACAUCCACUGAAUGAACGUAGACUGUAGACACACUAGAACUGCAGACUGGACAUCCACUAAAUGAACCUAGACUGUAGACACACUAGAACUGCAGACUGGACAUCCACUGAACGUUUCUGCAUCCUCCCUGCAGGACGGCUGUGACCCUGAGGUGUUCUGGAUCUGGUCUUUCUGUCAAACCUCUGCUCGGUCCUGUUGUGUGAAUCGUAUGUUUGCUGGUUAACACGUGUCUUCACGUCUGUCAACAGAGGCCGUCGCGCGUGUCUGUGAGCGUGUGUGUGAGCGUGCACGUGGUACAAAUCUAUGGGGCUGCAGGAAACUUGUUUAAGUUGCUGUUUUGAAUAUUUCUGUGUAAAGACCUGCAGAAAGACGUCUGCCUUCCUGUCGCCACUUUCCAUGUGAAACUUCUCAUAAGUUCUAGAUAAAUUCAGCUCUGUUCUUGUGUCUCUGUGGGCGGAGUCUCACACACCGAACUUCACCGUUUUUCAAUAAAGUUACUGUAAAAAAAA